CCGUAGUAGCGUUUAUAUGGUUGAAGGGAACGCAAAGGCAAAGGGGUCAAGAGGAGGAAACCACGUGUGAUUCCAUGUACAGCACUGUCCUCAGAUUGUUUUUGUAAGCUAAGCUCAUACCCUUCGCAUGUAGCUGACUGCUGGGAGACCUGCUCAGACGUCGUGAAUUCAUAGACUUGCAGCCUUUUCCACAUCUUGCUGAUAAACUAACCGCCCGACAUGGUGAGCAAGACGGAUGACGUCCCAGCCACUGUGCCUACUUGUAACCCAGAUGGUGUUGCUCAUGAACCGAAUGGAAACCAGGACAUUAAAGAAAGCAUCAAGGCAACUAUGAAGGAUCCGUGUGCUUGCGAGCACAGCACAGAAACCGCAGUGAUGAAUGGCGGCGGGGCCCCGGAGCACACAGGGGAGCUGGAGCCCAGACAGGACGGGGAUGCAGGGGAUGAUUCCAACGAACAAGAAGUGAUUGUGAUCCAGGACACGGGCUUCAAUGUCAAAAUCCAGGCCCCCGGGACGGAGCCCUUUGACCUCCAGGUCUCUCCCCAGGAGAUGGUCCAGGAGAUCCACCAGGUGCUGAUGGACAGGGAGGACACUUGCCAUCGCACCUGCUUCUCCCUGCAGCUCGACGGCAACGUGCUCGACAACUUUGCAGAGCUCAAGUCCAUCGAAGGCCUGCAGGAGGGCUCCCAGCUGAAGGUGGUCGAAGAGCCCUACACAGUACGGGAGGCCCGCAUCCACGUGCGCCACAUCAGGGACCUGCUGAAGAGCCUGGACCCCUCGGAUGCCUACAAUGGAGUAGACUGCAACUCCCUCUCUUUCCUCAGCAUCUUCACAGAGGGAGACCUUGGAGAUAGCGGCAGGAGGAAGAAGAAGGGCAGUGAGCUGGAACAGAUUGACUGCACCCCUCCGGAGCACAUCCUCCCCGGCAGUAAGGAGCGACCCCUGAUGCCCCUCCAGCCACCCAACAACGACUGGAAGCCCAUGCAGUGCCUGAAGGUGUUGACCAUGAGCGGCUGGAACCCUCCGCCGGGAAACAGGAAGAUGCACGGCGACCUCAUGUACCUGUACAUGGUGACGGUGGAGGAGAGACACAUCAGUGUCACCGCCUCCAGCCGCGGCUUCUACCUCAACCAAUCUACCACCUACACAUUCAACCCCAAGCCAGCCAAUCCAAGCUUCCUGAGUCACUCGCUGGUAGAGUUGCUGAGCCAGAUCAGUCCGGCCUUCAAAAAAAACUUCAGCGCAUUGCAGAAGAAAAGAGUCCAGAGACACCCGUUUGAGAGGAUAGCCACACCCUUCCAGGUGUACAGCUGGACAGCCCCGCAGGUGGACCACGCCAUGGACUGCGUCCGGGCAGAAGACGCCUACACCUCCCGCCUUGGGUACGAGGAGCACAUCCCUGGACAGACGAGGGACUGGAAUGAGGAGCUGCAGACCACCAGAGAGCUGGCCCGUAAGAACCUGCCAGAACGCCUGCUGAGAGAAAGGGCCAUAUUCAAGGUCCACAGUGACUUCGCCGCGGCCGCCACCCGAGGCGCCAUGGCCGUCAUCGACGGCAACGUGAUGGCCAUUAACCCCGGCGAGGAGACGCGCAUGCAGAUGUUCAUCUGGAACAACAUCUUCUUCAGCCUGGGCUUCGACGUGCGCGACCACUACCGUGAGCUGGGCGGGGACGCGGCGGCCCACGCCGCGCCCACCAACGACCUGAACGGCGUGCGGGCGUACGGCGCGGUGGACGUGGAGGGCCUGUACACCCUGGGCACGGUGGUGGUGGACUACCGGGGCUACCGCGUCACCGCCCAGUCCAUCAUCCCCGGCAUCCUGGAGCGCGAGCAGGAGCAGAGCGUCAUCUACGGCUCCAUCGACUUCGGCAAGACGGUGGUGUCCCACAGCAAGUACCUGGAGCUGCUGGACAAGACCAGCCGGCCGCUCAAGGUCCAGAGGCACGACGUGCUGAACGAGAAGGACGAGGCGGUGCAGCUCUGCUCCUCCGUGGAGUGCAAGGGCAUCAUCGGCAACGACGGGCGCCACUACAUCCUGGACCUCCUCCGCACCUUCCCGCCCGACCUCAACUUCCUGCCCGUGGAGGGCGAGGAGCUUCCCCCCGAGACCCAGAAGCAGGGCUUCCCCCGCCUGCACCGCCACCGCCUGGCCUGCCUGCGCCAGGAGCUCAUCGAGGCCUUCGUUGAGCACAGAUAUCUCCUCUUCAUGAAGAUGGCCGCGUUACAGCUCAUGCAGCACAAGGCAAACAAAGAUUCAACCAAAGCGGCCGCUGCCGCCGCCGUCGCCGCCGCUGGCCAACUGGCGCUGCCCACCACAGAGCCAACGGAGGUCUCUUCAGAGACCCCCGCCCCGGAGAGCAAGGCCCCCGAAGGGCAGGACGCCCCCCAGGUGGACCAGACCAACGGGGUGGAGUCCCCCUCAACGACCACUGCCACCGAAGACUCCCUGGAGCCCGUGGUGAACGGGGUGUCUGAGCCCGAGGGCACGCAGAACGGGCAGGUGGAGGGCCCGCUGGGGGGUAAGGAGGCUGACGAGACCAUCCCAGGGUUAGCCCAGGCCAAAGAGCUGGCGGAGUCCUUAGUUGCCGAAGACGGAUCGGGUAUUGACCCAAAAAGCAGGGAAGUGGUCCUGAACGCCUGCAAGGCCGUCGGCUCCAUCAGCAACACCUCCUUCGACAUUCGCUUCAACCCUGACCUCUUUUCCCCCGGUGUCCGGUUCCCCGAGGAGAGCACAGACGACAUCCAGAAACAGAAGCAGCUCCUCAAAGACGCCGCUGCCUUCGUGGUGUCUUGCCAGGUUCCCUCGCUGGUGAAGGACUGCCUGGACCACAGUGCCCUGCCCAUGGACGGUGCCACCCUGGCAGAAGCUCUGCACCAGAGGGGCAUCAACAUCCGUUACCUGGGCACUGUUCUGGAGUUUGUGGAGAAGACCCCGGCGAAAGCCAAGCUGGAGCACUUCUAUAGAAUAGGAAUCUGUGAGCUGAUAACCAGGUGUGCAAAGCAUUUCUUCAAGACGUAUCUUCAGGGUGUGGAGUUGUCCGCUCUCUCGGCCGCCGUCAGCCAUUUCCUCAACUGCUUCCUGAGCUCCUUCCCCGAUGCGGUCGCGCACCUUCCUCCUGACGAGCUGGUUUCCCGCCGCAAGAACCGCAAGCGGCGCAACAGGGUGCCCGGCGGCGGAGACAACACGGCGUGGGCUAGCCUGACCCCCAGCGAGCUGUGGAAGAGCAUCGCCGCCGAGGCCCAGAGCUACUAUCACUUCACAUUGCAGUGUGAAGGAGUGGAUCAGGUGGUGGAGAAGCAUGGCCUCCAGAAGAUCACGCUCCUCAGGGAGAUCUCCAUUAAGACUGGCAUACAGAUCCUGAUCAAAGAGUACAACUUUGACAGCCGCCACAAACCGGCCUUCACAGAGGAGGACAUCCUGAACAUCUUCCCAGUGGUGAAGCACGUAAACCCCAAAGCCUCAGACGCCUUCCACUUCUUCCAGAGUGGACAGGCCAAGGUGCAGCAAGGUUUUCUGAAGGAGGGCUGUGAGCUGAUUAACGAGGCCCUGAACCUGUUCAACAAUGUGUACGGAGCCAUGCAUGUGGAGAUCUGUGCCUGCCUGCGCCUGCUGGCUCGCCUGAACUACAUCAUGGGAGACCAUCAAGAGGCGCUUAGCAACCAGCAGAAGGCAGUUCUGAUGAGCGAGCGAGCCCUGGGCAUUGAACACCCCAACACCAUUCAAGAAUAUAUGCACUUGGCUCUGUACUGUUUCGCCAAUGGGCAGCUGUCCACUGCCCUGAAGCUGCUGUACCGUGCACGUUACCUCAUGCUCAUGGUGUGUGGGGAGGACCACCCGGAGAUGGCCCUGCUUGACAGCAACAUUGGCCUGGUGCUGCACGGGGUAAUGGAAUACGAGCUGUCCCUGAGGUUCCUGGAGAACGCCUUGACCAUCAACACAAAGUACCAUGGUUCUCGCUCCCUCAAAGUGGCCCUCAGCAAUCAUCUUGUCGCAAGGGUCUACGAGAGCAAGGCGGAGUUCCGCUCCGCACUUCAGCACGAAAAGGAAGGCUACACCAUUUACAAGAACCAGGUGGGCGAAGCUCACGAGAAGACCAAGGAGAGCUCAGAGUACCUCAAGUAUCUCACCCAGCAGGCCGUGGCUCUGCAGAGGACCAUGAAUGAGAUCUACAAGAAUGGCUCCAACGCCAGCAUCACGCCUCUCAAGUUCACUGCUCCGAGCAUGGCCAGCGUUCUGGAACAGCUCAAUAUCAUCAACGGCAUCAUCUUCAUCCCCCUCAGCCAAAAGGACCUGGAAACCCUGAAGGCGGAGGUCCAGAGACGGCAGCAGCUGCAGGAGUCAGGGAAGUUUGAGGAGCAGACGGCAGACGGCCUCCUGGAGCUGGAUGACAAGAUUCCUAUUGAUUAAUGUUGGAAAGCCCAAAGCAAAGCUGCUUUCUGCUGGUUUGGGAGGCUGUAAUGCCACAGAAAUGUAAUGGAGCCUGGAGGACCUGAGAACUGAGCAGUCCGAAUCAAUAAUGAAAAUAAAUGGGAGUGCGUGUGUGUGGGGGGGGGGUGGGGAUUGUCUGGGGCAGUGGACAAAUCUGUAUAAACUGUGUAAAGUUUAAGGUUGGGCAAUACAGACAAUGCACUUCCUACAAGGUAGGAAGGAAUGGGGAAUUAAAUAGAUAAUUGUGUAGAAUUUAUGUAAUGUGCAAUCUGAAUACUCUCCUUGGCCCAUAAAAAAGUGAUGAAUCAUCAGAACAAAGGUCAUUCAACUAACUGCUGCUUGCUGUGUUUCUGUGCGUGUGCGUGUGUGCGCAUGUAUAUGUGCGUGCCGCGAAGAGAAUGUGGCCAGAGAAGGAGACCAAGAACGACCAUGACAUUGUAUACCAGAGCCUUAUCCACUGUACCAUACCCCCAAAUACUCCUCCAUCUGGGCUCUUAUCACUUCCCGUGACCAUCAAAACCCAAGACCACCCUUGAAGCCGUUCAUUCUUCAAUAUGCUCAAAACACUGUGGCCAUCCCCAAUGGUGCUGCAGAACACACAGCACCUAAGCCGUCCUUAGAACUCAGGGGUAAAUUCUACUGUGCACUAAGACCAGAACAUGGUCGCUACAUUUUAGAUUUAUCUUGAGGGACUUUGGAACGUGAACUCCCUCCUCCUGUUGGUCUCCUGGUGAUUUUGUCCUCCGUUAUUUAGACCUUGUGGACCUUAUUGGUGUUGUUCUGUCAUUUCGACUCGCUACAUACUUUGUCCCUUGGCUUUUCUGUCUUUUCAUCACAGCUAUUUCGGUAUCCUACGGUCCCUUUUCCUUGGCAGACGCACAGUGCAGGAUCAAUUGUUCUAAUUAUUAAUUUGCUCAGUAGGUUAAUUCUUUUUUGUUUUUUUACUAAAAGGGGAGAAUACCUUUUAAGGUUGAGUAUUGGUUAAUUUGUUACCAAGGCCGUUUUCGAAAGAAUACGAGUGUAGCGUGUGUAAAUCUUUAGUGGAUUUAGAAAAUUACUAAAACUGUCACAGAAACUCGAAUUUGAAAACGUCCAGUGUAGGCCGGAACAGUAUAUAUCUUGUCCUUGCUAUAUUCAAUCUUAUAUUUUUCCACCUUGAUAAUUUGUGCAUGUAUGUUUGUGUGUGACUCUGUGUGUUUUUGUUUGGUCCAAUUUCUUGGCCUUGAGAUUGUGAUCUUUGCUGCUGAAUAGCUUGGAUAAGCAUCAAGUGAGCCAUGACUAUCCAAACAUUUUAUUUUUUAUACCACUGAUGGAAAAAUGUAAAUGGAAGUCUUAGCUGUGCAUAUGAAAACAAUUGGCUAUGGAAUUUAAAGAAACAUUUUUUCCGCUACCCAACUCCCAACAGAUUGCAAUGUGACGCAUGCCAGCGUCUUAUUUAUAUGCAGCAUCUUCCUCACCAUUUUGUGAUGUUUGAAUAUGAUCAAUGCACAACGCCACAGAAAGUGAGUUAAGAAGGGCUGCAUUAAUGUAAUGUACCAAAAAAAUGAUAGUUUUGUGUGCGCUUGUAUACAUGCAAUGUGAUCUCCCCUGCUGUGUAUUUUUGUUAAAAACCCUGGUGUCUACAUGUGUGAUUAAAGCAAUAGAGCUGGUGCUGAACAUUAUUGUUUUAGAGGUGCAGCUUUUAAUUAUUUGAUCUACAAUGUGAACUGGUGUACUAGCAGCUGGAUAUUUUUUGUUCGAGUGUAUUCAUUUGGGCAGUGAAGUUACUGCAGUAAUAUUCUAAAUAAUUAUGCUUCUGAAACAUAAUUUGUGCAUCAAUAAGAACUCUAUACAAAUUGUGCCUAUUUAUGCUUCAGAAGGAAACCUGUUUUGUAACUGGUGGAACUAUUAGCUUUCUUAAUGGUGGCAGUGUUUUUCUUUCCAUGGUUUGAUGUCCCUUUGUUGUUUGACUAAUUUGUUUAUCCCUUACUCUUCUAAAAUUUCUCGGAAGUAUCGUUUUUAGGAUUAAUGUAUCAUACAUUACAUUAACUUUAUCUCCCAAGAUUGUAUAUUUAGAUGUGCACGGCCACCGUAUCAAUAACGGCCGCUGGAUGUCGCACUUGAGCUGCGCCUCUUUUGAUUUGUCAAGUGUGGAAGGUGGCUGGCACAGUAACUGAUGCACAUUUUCUAAAUGUAGGGAUUUUUUAAAUAAUCCUACAUUCCAAAGACUGCUACCUGUUGAACUUGCUUUCAGUUAAUCCGAAACAGUUAAGGCAUAGUAAUAUGGGGACUGUGGCUAAUUAUCAUAGAAUAACGACUUAUACGGUGAUUUUGGGUCCGUAGUGGAGACAAAGUUGCACAGCUGAGUUCUUUGUUGAAAUUGUAUCAACCUAUUUCCUAAACAGAUAACCUUUUCAAAUAUAGCUGAAUAAUUACUCAUGUUUACGGUAGAGUAAAAAGUUAAAUUCAUGUUUGUUUUAAUCUUUGCAUUGUUAAAACGUUUAAUGUCCAAAGUGAAUGAGGGCGAAAUUAUGGGAUUUUGCUAAUUGUAAAGUAAUUAAAUUUACUAUUCAAAGCAAUUUUAGCUUAAUAUUUGGUGUCUUCAAGGCUCACAAAAUGGUCAGGACAUAUCGUCCUAGAUAUAUGGGGUGGCACGUUUGGAAUAAUGUGAUCUAUUGGCGAGAUAUCUCCAGUUCAGACACCAAUCGCUUUGAUUUCUCAACUGUUGAGACUAUUUUAAUACGUCCAUGAGACUUCGACGCAGCCAUCAUAAGCAAGUGUAAACCCUGCUUCCCCUGUAACAUAUUUGUCUGCUUUUCACUAAAUAACAAUUAUUUUUCAUCUGGGUAUUCUUUUAUAUUAAAACGAAAUAAUAAAUUGUAGAUCAUGACAUUUUA